CAUUCACGAAACAGCCUUUAUAUACGAGGUUUUUCAUCACAAGUCCUUGCAGAGAAAGAAAGAGAUUUCUACUUAGUCUACUAGUUAUGGCUGCUCCUUGUGCCUUUCCUGAUAUAUAUUUCUGGGUUCAAAAUCUUCCACCAAUCACUGAAUGGAAAAAAAAUUCAAUGUCUCUAUGCAUAUGUUCCUCAAGUUCAUCCCAACCAUCCCUCAAUCUCUCAAUAGCCAAAUAUAACCAAUCCCGAAAUGAUCUCUCUUUUGCUAUAAAUGCAGAUUUUAAUCUACCUGUCUGUCUUUGGACCUCAAAACCAUUCAAGCUCAACUCUAAAUCCAUAAAGUUGAUAGAUGAGGAAACCAUGUCCAACCUCUUGGUAAAUUUUGUUGAAGAUGUGCUUCAAUAUGGUUCAAAUAACAAGAAUAACAACUCCCUUCUCAAGUUCCCUAAACUAGGUUCUAUUCCCAACUUCAAAGAUAUUUUCAAUUUUGCAUUUUUCACUCUAUUAUUCCUCAUUUGCAUCUAUGAAGCUCCCCAAGAUCUCCGUUCGGGGUGUCUUAUUACUCUAAAAAAUCACUUGGCAAGUAAUUGUCAGUCAAGACAAGCAAUAAAGUUGCUCAUGAAACUCUUAGGAUCAAAUUUAGAAGAGCAAUGGAUGAGAUCCUUGAACCUCGCAAUUACUAAUUGGAUUAUAGAGCAACAAACCACCCACCGCUCCCUCAAAACACCAUCACCUUUGUUUUCUUAUGCACUUUCAACAUUUGGGUUAUGGAAGAUUCAUUUAUAUUGUCCCGUUAUAGCCAUGGAUGUUGAAAACUCGAGCAAUCCUUCUGUUGAUGAGCGACUGCAAUUUUCUCUUACUUACAACCAACUUGAAGGUGUAAUCCAAUUCAAUUACAAAGUAGUAAUUCAAGAGAGGUGGGUUGAUGUGAUAGUGAACACUGAUAACAUAAGGUGUGACAUUAUCAGACUUGUGAGUGAGGCCCUCAUGAAUGAACGAGGAGCUGGGGCAGCAGAAAAGCACUUUCCUUCAAGAAUUUCGUUGCAACUGACUCCAACUCUUCAAACCAACGUACUAAGCCUUUCGGUGAGCAAGUCAUCUGAGAACCCAACAAGAGAGAUUGGCUUAGAAAAAACUAUAGAAGCCGGGUUUGAUCCGCCUAAUUCUUACUUUGGACUCAAGGUAUCGGCUGGAGAGACCAUGACAAUAAGCUUGAAGCCUUGGAAAUUCGAGGAAUCGGUUAAUGGUUAUAGUGCAAAUUUGAAUUGGUUUCUUCAUGAUAGCAUGAAUGGAAGAGAAGUUUUUUCUUCCAAGCCUUCAAAGAUUUCAUUAAUUAACCCGAAAGCUUGGUUUAAAGACCGAUACUCGAGUGCAUACAGACCAUUCACUAGGCAAGGAGGAGUGGUUUUUGCUGGAGAUGAGUAUGGAGAGAGAGUGUGCUGGAAGGUGGACAAAAGUGCCAUAGGAAGGACUAUGGAGUGGGAGAUAAGAGGGUGGAUUUGGUUAACAUAUUGGCCUAACAAAUACAAAACAUUUUCUAGUGAGACUAGGAGGUUGGAAUUUAGAGAAAUUGUUCAUCUUAACAUUGCUUAGCUAAGAAAACUAGAAGAAAUUUGCAGAUUUCUAUUUUAAGGUUUGUACUUAAUAUUUGCUUUCGUUUUGUAAAUUUCUACUUCUUUUAUUAAGGAAAAGUGUUCCUAUA